GUCCCCGAUCCAACACACACAAGAACUCACCAGCUCCACGGGCAGAGGAGCCGACACCCAACCCAGCACCAACGCGCUCCGAGCACACCAAGGAACCAUGCGUCCAUCUCGGGACCUCCGGCUGGCCGCGCUCGUCCUGCUCUUCUCGGCCUCCGUCCUCCACCCAGCAGCCAGAGCCCAGCAGGAGACCGACCAGGAGGAGGAGUUCAGCUACUCGCUGGACGCGGAGAACGGGCCGGCGCACUGGGGCGACAUCAAGGAAGAGUGGUCGGCAUGCGGCAAGGGGAAUAUGCAGUCGCCCAUCGACCUCGCCAGCCCGCGCGUCUCCCUCGUGCGCGGCCUCGGCUACCUCAACCACUCCUACUCCCCCGCCAAUGCCACCAUCGUCAACCGCGGCCACGACAUCAUGCUCAAGUUCGAGGGCGACGCCGGGAGUGUCUCCAUAGACGGCACGCCCUACUUCCUCCAGCAGCUGCACUGGCAUUCGCCCACCGAGCACAGCGUCAACGGCCGCCGGUACGACAUGGAGCUGCACAUGUUCCACGAGAGCGCCCAGGGCAAGGCCGCCGUCAUCGGCGUCUUCUACGAGAUCGGCGCCCACGACGCCUUCCUCCACAAGCUGGAGCCAUACCUGGAGAUGAUAGCGGAUCGGAAGGACAGGGAGGAGAAAAUGGGGAUGAUGGACCCGAGGGGCGCAAGGGGAAAGGCCAGCGUGUACUACCGCUACGUGGGCUCUCUCACCACCCCGCCCUGCUCGGAAGGUGUCAUCUGGACCAUCGUCAAGAGGGUCCGCACCGUGUCGAGGCACCAGCUGGAGCUUCUCCGGGAGGCCGUCCAUGACGACAUGGAGAAGAACGCGAGGCCCCCUCAGGAGGUGAACAGCAGAGAUAUCAGCAUGUUCCGGCCUUUUCAGCAAAAUAGACAUUGAUUAUUAGCUAGGGUCGAUUCUCCGCUUAAUUAGUUUGCUGUUACAGCUAUAAUGUAUGUACAUGGUUAUACCAAUUUUUGUAAUUCUUUCUACCCAUAUUAGAUGCCUUGCAUCCAGUCACUGAAUAAUAAAGGAGCACGUCCAGUUCAUGUC